AUGCAAACGGUGAAAGAGUUGCCCUCGGACAGGACGGAAUAUGAUUUCGUCAUAGUAGGAGGAGGAACUGCGGGGUGCUGCGUUGCAAGCCGACUUGCCGAAUCGCUACCCGAGGCCAAGAUCCUUCUCAUCGAGGCCGGCAGCAACGACUUGGGCCGUGAUGACCUUCAUAACUUGAAGGGUCAAAUUGAAAACUGGGGAGGGGAUUGGGAUUACAAAUACACCUCGGUCCCACAGCUGAAUGGCAAUAGCUUUAUCCAACAUUCACGCGGAAAGAUCUUAGGCGGCUGCUCCAAUAUCAAUGGAUGCAUCUCAUUCCGCCCUCUUGAGUAUGAUAUUCGAAAGUGGCAGGAGGCGGGAGCUAAGGGCUGGACGUUUGGCGAGUUUGUCCGGCUGGUCAAUAAGCUUCCCGUGAAGAUCAACUCAGUCGUGGAGAAAUAUCAAAACCCGGUCGAUGUCAAGCUGAUUGAAACAACCGUGAAGGCCUUCGAUAUCCCCCAGACCACAUCGUUCAAUCAUGACAUUCUUCGAUCCGGCAAUUUGAAACCCUCGACUGGUUUUAUGAGUAUUGCCUAUAACACGGAUAACUGUUACCGAAACAGUGCCAGCAUGACAUAUAUUCACCCAAUCCUGCAAGGAGAGGUGGAGAGACCUAAUCUGACCAUCCUCACUGAUGCGUGGGUCCAUCGACUUGAUAUAACAGGAAACAUCGUCACAGGUGUUUCGUUAUCACUGGAGUCCGGGACACAUAUUAAUGUCAAAUCUCACACCGAAACAAUUGUUUGUGCGGGAGCUUUCGAUUCGCCGCGACUAUUGCUGCUCUCCGGGCUUGGGCCUCGGAAACAACUCGAAGCCUUGUCGAUUCCGGUGAAGGCAGACCUUCCUGGGGUUGGAGAAAAUCUGAUGGAUCAUAUUGAAACCAUCAUGAUGUGGGAACUUAAGGACCCUGUUCCUCCACAAUCAGUUGAAUACUCCGACCUGGCAUUCUUCUUGCGACGCCAGGAGCCAAAUGCCCAAGGCGAUGACGGCGAGAUCAUGGAUGCCAUGUUCCAUGUCUUCAGCCUCGGGUUUGAUGCGAAUACCGCCCGCCACGGGUGGAAGGCGCCAAAAAACGCGUACACGCUGCUCCCCAACCUGCCUCGACCGCGUUCACGAGGCCGUGUGUAUCUGACCUCAGCUGAUCCCUCGGUCAGACCCGCGAUUGAUUUCCGAUACUUGACAGACCAGGACAACUAUGAUCUGAAGACGAUUCUGUUCCAGCUGAGGGCCGGUCGCAAGAUUGCACAAACAUCACCUUUCAAGGAUUUGAUUAAGCAGGAGAUUGCUCCAGGGUCUGAAAUUCAGACGGACGAAGAAUUGGCGGCCUAUGCUCGGAAGACCCAUGGCACCGUUUUCCACCCCUGUGGAACAGUGAAAAUGGGUGAUAUUCAUAAUGAUCCUAUGGCCGUCCUGGAUCCGCAGCUGAAGGUUAAAGGCAUUCGGGGGCUUCGUGUGAUCGAUGCGAGUGUGUUCCCUCAGAUCACCUCGGUGAAUCCAAUGAUCACAGUCUAUGCUGUCGCAGAGAAGGGUGCUGAAAUGAUCAUCGCGGACUACAGAUCUGGCGCGAACAUCUUACCGCACCUGUGA